AUGAAAUUACACUACUCUAAAAUAUUAUUAUUUCCCCUUCCAUUAAAUAUAUUGGAGUAUAGUAAAAAUAAACCAUACAUCACACCAAAUACACCAACUACGACAUCACGGGGGUUAAGCGAAUGUGACACAUAUACGUCAGUUUAUGAUAAUGAUCCCGAAAUGAAAGGAGUAAUGCAGGAUUUUAAUCGACAAGCAUCACAACGUUUUGAUGAAUACGAAGAACGUAUGAUCACAAACAAACAAAAAUAUAAAGAACAACGUGACAAAGACAUACAAAAAAUUAUUGUAAAAGAUAAAAUCCAAAAAUCAUUAGAAGAAAAAGUGGAAAAAGGAUGUCUUAAGUGUGGGUAUGGGUUAGGAGGUGUUGCAGCAGGUGUUGGAAUAUUUGGUGCAAUAGCUGUAAAUGAGUGGACAAAAACUGCCACUGCUUCCGCUAUAAAAUUCGCUAAUCUGGAGGGUAUAAAAGCAGGUAUUCCAGUAGUAAUUGGAAAAAUAAAAGACCUUGGUUUUUUGAGUAAAUUUUCUCACAUUGAAUGGUCAAAUUUCAUUAAUGGAUCAAAUUAUAAAAGUGCCAAAGGUCUUAUGGAAGCUACUAAAGCUGCCGUGACUACGAAUGGAAAAACUUGCCCAACUAAUAUUGGGCACGUGUGCGAUGCCAUAUCUAAUGGGGAACCAACAUUUCAGUCAAUUGCAGAAGCCGGUGAAAAAGCUGCUGCUGACGCAACUGCAGCUGUUGAAGAAGCUGAACUUUUUAAGGUAACAAAUACAAGUUCUACUGCGUAUAGUACAAUUGGUUACUCCGGCAUUGCCAUAUUGAUUAUAUUAUUAGUUAUGAUAAUUAUUUAUUUAAUUUUACGUUAUCGUAGGAAAAAAAAGAUGAAUAAAAAACUACAAUAUACAAAAUUAUUAAAUCAAUAA